CAGAAGGUGUCUCCCUCUCCUGCCCUACCCGUUCCUAAGGUAAGUCUCUUUCAUUCAACCUAUACUGGACAUAAUAAAUAGGCAAAAAUGGAAAAAUUAGCUUUCGUGAUUUCUAUGCUAGUCGUUGGGACUAUCGGAAUGUGCGGAGCUGAAGAUGUGGAAGCGGCUUGGGAGAAAUAUUUGACCGAAUUUCCAAUUGGCAUACAAACGAAAGCUGAAUACGGAAAACGUAAAUUGAAUUUCGAGAAAAUUCACGCCAUCAUCGAAGAGCAUAACGCAGAUGAGAAUGCUACCUACACUAUGGCGCAUAACCAGUUCUCUAUUAUGGAUUCAGAGGAAAGAAAACAAUACCUGCUGAAAAACUUUGCUUCAACAAAAUCUCUUUAUGAAGAGUUAGGCCUCGAAACUGUCGAGGAUAAUGACGAUUCAACGAUGCGUCAACUUCCACCAUCCAUCGAUUACCGAAAAGACAAAUGCAUGCAGCCAGUUAAAAAUCAAGGCGGAUGUGGAUCCUGCUCCGCAUUUGCAGCUACGGCAGUUGUUGAGUUUGCAAAUUGUAUCAAGAAUGGAAAAUCUGUGUCUCUCAGUGAACAGCAAAUCGUGGAUUGCGACUUCCCCGAUAGGGAAUGCGGAGGUGGAUCUUACCACGAAUACUGGAAGUCGCUCAUCAAAGCCGGUGGUCAAGCUACUUCCGCCGCUUAUCCUUACAUUUCAGGAGAAACGAGAAAGAGAGGAUCGGCCUGCUUGAAUAAGCCAAAAGGGGCUAAGCUUGCUGCAAGAAAGCCCAUCGUUGCUCUGAAAGAAAGAGAUGAAAUGGGCGUGAUGAAGUUGUUGUCCCAAAAGAAACUAGUGGCUGUUUGCAUUGCAGUUACCGACAAGUUCAUGAACUAUAAGACCGGUGUUUACACAACCCCAUGCAAAGGUGACGAAGGUCUUCACGCCAUCGUAGCUGUUGGUUAUGGAACUUUCAAGGGCAUCAAAUACUGGGCAAUCCGCAAUUCGUGGUCUGCUGGCUAUGGCAACGGCGGAUACGUCCUGUUCCAGAGAGGCAUCAACCUGUGCGGCGUCGAAAGAGACUUGGCCACCGUUAACGUUGCCUAAACCGAAGUGAUUAUAAGCUGUCGUUUAUCAUUAAUCUUUUAAACCUAAAAAUAAUAGUUAAUAAAUUAAUCAAGCACCAA